AUGAGCGAUAUUGAACAGACAGAUAAUCGAGAGACUAGUCGAUUCAGAAGAGAUAAAAUUCGAAAAAGAUCACAGAGCCCUCCGUAUGACAAUGGUGCUGGGUCCUACAGAGAGAGGUCGCCCAUAAGCGGAAGAGAUUCGUACAGAGACGAGCAUUACGAUAAAAGACCUCGAGUUUCUGGGGCUCAUUAUUCAUCCUCAAGAAGUAUCAAUGACCCAUAUAGCCAAGAAGCUGUUAUAUCCUAUGAGCGUUUUAUUCGUUGGUAUAGCCAAGAGAAUUUGAUUUCUUCUACGACAGAGGAUUUGUACAAAUCUUUACACGGUACUUACAAUAGCUAUAAACAGGACCUGUAUGCUAGAACUGCUAAAAGUUUUGUGCUGGAUCACUGCGAUGAAGCAUGGUUUGAAGACACUUAUUGGUUUGACGAAUCUCAGGGUCGAUUGCGUGAAAUCUCGGAGAAAGAAAAAUCAUACCGACUAUCUAUGCAUAACAUAUUUUUAGAAAAGUUUGAAAAUGGAUAUUAUGAUGCUUUCAAGCUACCAAAUGACCAGGAUAUACCUACUGAGGUAAAAAACUUGAGUAGCGAAACUAAUCCGGAUAUGGAUUCGCUCGUAAAGGAGGUUCCAUACUUCAAAUAUUUAAUGGACUCUAGGGAAUCAGCAAAAGAUAGGACCUUGUUAAUUCGACACGUGUUGCCAAGCAUCUCAAUGGCUAACAUGCACCAAGUGUUUGACAAUAUUGACAUUAUUGACUAUUUCUCAGUUUCGCGCAUGAAAUUUACAAAGGACUACGAACGCUCUGUUUGGGUUCAUCUAAAGCCAGACGUCGCGAUUGAAGGGGCAAAAGAAAUCCUUGACGGUGUUCAAUUAGCCUCGAAUUAUACAAUAGAAACCGAAAGUCCGAAAUUCCCAAGAAACUGUGUCCCGGCUUCUCUUCCUUCUAUCUCCUCUUCCAACGAUGCAAGCAAAAAAAUUUUGAGUAUUCUGUAUAAAACAAUGAAUAGAUUUGUUGUCAUGUACAACUUACCGCAGGAUAUAUCUGAAAAACUACAAGAUAAAGUUUUUUCCGUUCCGGUAGACACAGAGGAUGAAAUAGAAAAAGAACGUAUACACAACGUUCAGUUGUGUGAUAUACUUGUGGAGUAUCUUCGUCAAGUGGCUACAUUCGAUUUUUGGACGUGCAGGAAUUACUCAAGUCUAAUCGCUUUAUUGCAAGAUAAUCCUGCUGGAUACUCAAGGAAACCUUAUGAUGACAACAAUGAAGUCUCUCAGGAAGAAACAGUUUGGUUUUCGAAUUUAGAGAAUGACUACGCAUGUUUGCUUGAUCCCGAAUCUGUCGACUUAAAAUCCAAAGGUUCACUACCAGUGGAUAGCUUUGUAAAUUCCGAAAUUGAUUCGGUAAUUCUUAGAGAGGACGAGCAAAAGUACCGUUGCCACGUAGGAGCCUGUACUAAACUGUUUUUGGGUCCUAAAUUUGUUAUAAAACAUAUUACCAAAAAGCAUCCGGAAUGGUUAGAUCAUGUGAAAAAGAUAGCUAUUUGUUUGCGGAAUUACGUCUUGGAUCCAGGAAGGGUUAUGGAUCCCAAGGUAGUAAGUCCUUCUCAUGCUGCUCAGUACCUUGCAAACAAAAAUUAUUCUAUCUCGUAUCCUGGUAACUCUUAUGAUCGAAAAAGAAAUGGUCCUGAGUUUGAGGAUUUACAGCAUACCUCAUCUCAAAAGCCAUAUCAUCGACAAGAUACAUAUUCGGAACGUCGUGAUCAAUACAAAGAUUACCGGGAUUUGGAUGCUCCUACACAAAAAAUUCCUGAAUUGGAUUACUGA